AUGCCCCCAGCAAAGGAACCACAGAAGGCAAAGGCUACAGAGAACAUGAAGCAGAAGAGUUUGAUGUCCUUCUUCAAUAAACCGGCGGACAAAAAGGCUGCGCCUGCGCCGGCCCCAGCCAAGGCUGUUAAAACCGGUCCUGCGGUCAAGAAGGAGUCUGUGUCGACUCAAGCUCUCAAGACACCGGAUCCGAAAGCGAACAUGAUUCCUCGUGAGCCUCCCUCAAGCACAGCGAGCGCUCGCUCCUCGGACAUGGAUAGCAGUGUCAGGGCCUCUUCGCCUCUGCCUACCAGCGAUACAAUCGACGUAGACAUGUUCUCCGAUGACGAUAUGCCUAUGAAGUCGACCGCUAAACGCAUCAAGCGAAAGCUUGUCCUUGGCUCAGAUGAAGAGACCGAAGGGUACACAGGCGACAAAGGCUCUGCCACACUGUCGUCACCCGACUUCAGCGGUGGUUCUUCGCCUCUUCAAGGCAGAGUGAAGAAGCGCCGCGUAUCUGCAGCACUUUUCCUUGACGAUGAGGACGAGGAUGGAGAGGACAGCGAGCACGUCAAGUCGUUCUCGUCUCGCCUUUCAAGGUUCAAGAAAUCGCCUGUCAAGUCUGGCAAGAAAUCUAAAGCCCGCUCAGACGACGACGAUGGCGACUUUAUCGUACCCGGCUCUGGCUCCGAGGACGAACGCCCCUCCUCCCGGGCCUCGGACCGCAGCUCCUCCUCUCGUCACACCACCGACGACGACGACGACGAUACCGAACCUGAAACCAAGUCCAAGUCCAAGUCGAAAGCUAAAGCCGCGCCCAAACGGCCGCCGCUCACCAAGUCUAGCGCAGGCGGGAGCAGCACCGGGCUCAACGCCAACUCGUUCCUCACUGCCGCCGAGCGACGGGAGCAGAGCAAGAAAGAGGAGAAGACGUCAACGGAGGAACCGUUUAGCUUCCUGGUUGAUGUUAGGGAUAAAGAUGGCAUUAAGCCCGGUGAGCCGGGUUAUGAUCCAAGGACGCUGUAUGUUCCAAAGAGCGCGUGGAAGCAGUUUACGCCGUUCGAAAAGCAGUUCUGGGAGAUCAAGCAAAACCACUUUGAUACCGUUCUCUUCUUUCAAAAAGGCAAAUUUCUGGAGGCAAGGUCUUACCAGGAAUCACUGUAUGAAGACGAUGCACGCAUUGGACAUCGCGAGUUCGACCUCAAGCUCACGCAUCGAGUCAAAAUGUCCAUGGUCGGCGUUCCAGAGAUGUCGUUCAACUUCUGGGCUGCAAAAUUCCUGGGCAAAGGAUACAAGGUUGGUCGCGUAGACCAGGCAGAGACGGCACUUGGUGCCGAGAUGCGUCUCGCCAAGUCCAAGGGAGAAGACGGAGGCAAGGACAAGAUUGUCAGACGCUCGCUCAACAAGGUCUUCACCAACGGCACACUCGUCGACGACGACCUUCUCACGGACGAGCAAGCUGGCCACUGCAUUUCCCUGCGCGAGCUUCCGCCCGUGUCUACCUCUGCAAAACCGAGCUUUGGCGCGUGCGUGCUGGACAGCGCGACUUCGCAGUUCAACUUGAGUUUCUUCGAGGAUGACGUAUGCUUGACCCGACUCGAGACGCUCGUGAGGCAGCUGAGGCCGAAAGAGGUCGUGUUCACCAAGGGCAACCUCUCGGUCGCUACGACCCGUCUUCUUAAGGCCAUUCUUCCCGCGGCAUGUCUCUGGACGAGCUUGCGAGACGUCGAGGGAUACGACUACGACCAGACCCUUACGGAGCUUAACACCAUGUUCGGCCCCGGGUCCUCCGCGAAUGAGGACGAGACGAUGGAUGCAGAUGAUGGCGACAGCGCACUGUCAAGCGCCAUUCCGCAGGAGAUCCGCGAUAUGGCGAGCUGCAGAUCGGCGAUUGAGGCGCUGGGUGCUAUGGCUUGGUAUGUUGAUGCUCCGUACUUGAAGCAGCUCAACAUCGACCGCGACCUGCUCACGAUGCGCAACUUCAACGUGUAUGAUCCGAUGAAGCGGGGGCAGAACUUGGUGUUGGAUGGGCAAACGCUUGCCCAUGUCGAGGUGCUUAUGAAUACCGAAGGAAACGACGACGGCUCGUUGCACAAGAUGCUCAACCGAUGCAUCACACCGUUUGGCAAACGUCUCUUCCGGAUCUGGCUCUGUGUUCCUCUGCGCGACGUCAAGGAUAUUAACUCUAGACUCGACGCUGUCUCCGAUCUAAUGGAGCAUCCGACAUUCGAGCAGGCCUUCUCCGAACUCGUGAAGGGCAUGCCCGAUCUUGAACGUAUCGUUUCGCGGAUACACGCCAAGAACUGCAAAGUCAAGGACUUCAUCAAAGUUUUGACGUCGUUCAAGAAGCUGAGCAAGGGCUUUGCUAAACUCGCCGAUACAUCUGAAGAGUUUGAGUCGAAGACGAUUCUCGGCCUGCUUAGGUCUGCGCCCGACUUAGAACCGCAUAUUGACAACGUGGAGUCGCGGUACACGGUCGAUAAAGACGCAGAUAUGCUUCUCCCCGUCGAAGGCAAAGACGACGUCUACGAUGAGGUCAUGUGCGAAAUCGGGGAACUGGAGAAGGAGCUCGAAGGGGAGCUCAAGAAGUUCCAGAAGAAGUUAGGUAUACCGUUGACGUGGUGGCAUAGUGCUAUUGGCAACAAGGAAAUAUACCUCGUCCAAACAAAACCUGGUGACGAUGUACCUGACAACUGGGUCAAGAAUGGCGGAACGAAGAACGCUGUUCGUUACGUCGUACCCUCCCUACAAGCGACCAUCCGUAGACUCAAAGAAGCACGCGAGAACCGCGGUACGGCAGUCAAAGAAUUUAAGAACCGGCUCUUCGCCGAGUUCGACGCGGACCGCGGAGUAUGGCUUCGUGCCGUGCGCGUGCUCGCAGAGCUUGACUGUCUGUUCAGCCUCUCCAAGUCGUCGAGUGCGCUCGGUGAGCCCAUGUGUCGGCCCGAGUUUGUCGAAGGGGACGCUGCGAGCAUGGAGUUUGAGGAGCUCCGUCAUCCAACGCUCUCGCUUCUGAAGGAUACGUUCAUUCCGAACGAUGUGAAGCUUGGAGGGGAGGUUGGGAGGAUCGCGCUGUUGACAGGUCCUAACAUGGGUGGCAAAUCGACAGUGAUGCGUAUGACGGCGACUGGUGUGAUCAUGGCGCAGCUUGGCAUGUUUGUGCCUGCGAAAUCUGCAAGAAUAUGCCCUGUGGACGCCAUACUGACACGCAUGGGAGCUUACGACAGCAUGUUCUCAAACGCUAGUACAUUCAAGGUUGAGCUUGACGAGUGCUGCAAGAUCCUCCGUGACGCUACGCCUAGGUCUCUGGUGAUUUUGGAUGAACUCGGUCGCGGAACCUCGACAUACGAUGGCAUGGCGAUUGCAGGCGCUGUCUUGCACCAGCUUGCGACUCACACGUUGCCUCUUACAUUCUUUGCGACCCACUACGGUUCGCUUACCGAUGACUUUGCGUACCACCCUAACAUCCGCAAUAUGCACAUGUCAACCCUCGUAGACGACGAAAAACGCGAGCUUGUCUUCCUUUACAAACUUGUCGACGGCGUUGCUACGGGUUCCUUCGGAACUCAUGUCGCCAAUUUGGCUGGUGUGCCGUCGUCCGUUGUGGAGCGUGCAGACGUGGUCUCGAAGGACUUCGCAAAGCAAUUUAAGGCGAAGCUCGAAGACCGUCAAAAGAAAUCCCUUUCUUCGAAGAUUCCGCUCGUCGCGCAGGCAGACUUCGCAUACCUCCUGAGUCUGGCGACGGGCAAACUGUCACUACCGGACGAUCCCUACAAGCAAGCACAUCUGCUGAAAGGGGUAAAAGAGGCGCUGGGUCGUGCUCUGCAGAAAUAG